AUGACUUGUAGGGAGGGACUUAUGUCACCACAAACAGAGACUAAAGCAAGUGUUGGAUUCAAAGCUGGUGUUAAAGAGUAUAAAUUGACUUAUUAUACUCCUGAAUAUGAAACCAAGGAUACUGAUAUCUUGGCAGCAUUCCGAGUCACUCCGCAACCCGGAGUUCCACCCGAAGAAGCAGGGGCUGCGGUAGCGGCUGAAUCUUCGACUGGUACAUGGACAACUGUGUGGACCGAUGGGCUUACCAGCCUUGAUCGUUACAAAGGACGAUGCUACCACAUCGAGCCCGUUCCAGGAGAAGAAACUCAAUUUAUUGCGUAUGUAGCUUACCCCUUAGACCUUUUUGAAGAAGGUUUAACACUUGGCAACUCGGAGCUGCAUGAAUCUCCUUGUGUCAUCGCAGCCGACACUUUAACAUUUAAGAUUGAGGAUCUUUCGUUUUUUGAACGAGUGACUCGAAUUGCUUUUGUAAAUCCAAAGCAUCUUGUGAUGCAUAAUUGA